UGCUUUGAAGCUCACGCGUCUCAGUCCAUUGGCAGGUAGUCAGUUCAGCCACUUCCUCUGAUCACGGAAAAACAAGAGUGAGGCAACGAGAAACAACCAAGAGAGAAAGAAAGAAAAGCUUGUUUCUGCAGAACAGACCGACAGAGAGACGAGAGGGGAGAAUCAUGGGUGCACUGAGGACAGGUGUGUUUGUGCUGUUUGUGCUCCUGGUGCCUGUUUCCUCUCAAGAGAUUUUCUUCACUGAUCCAGUCGUCUGCUACUUCCUGGACGCGUUCCUGAUUGUUUACUGCCUCAUUGCCACGAUGCUCUUCUUCAGAGAGAAGUUUGUCAACAUGCCGAAAGCGGUUGAUGGAGCGUCUGGAGAUGGAGGCAUUUACCAGGAGCUUGAGAGACCAAAGGAUGCUGAUCCUUACGAGGUGCUUGAACCAUCAAAAGCAAAAAAGAAGCCUGGCAGGAAAAAGAAAUCUGAGUCGACCCGUGAAGCUGAGGAGGGAAAUAAAGAACCCAGUGAGUCUUUGAUCCUCAACGGCUCCGAUCCUACUCCUCCGGCUCCCCGUUGAAGUCCUGCAUGGUCAAGACACAGUAUUGCUGAUUGCCAUUUGUUUUUAGUUAUAAAUAAAAAAAACUUAGGCUUUAUAGUGGCACUUUAAGAAAAGCUUCUAGCACAGCUAGCAAUUGUGGCCUCUGGCUGCUGUAUAUUAUCACGCCGUUAUGCUUUAUCGUGUAACUGAAUGCCAAUAAAAGACAAAGCACAUGUCAAAACACUUGGAAAA